AUGGCAUUGAUGGAACCAUUUCAGCAUUUUAGACACAUUGAAAGAUUUAGAAGGAGAUUGGGCAUGAGAUAUGCACAUCACAACUGCAAUGGUACAAUUUGGUUCUUUAUAAAUAAUAAUACAGAUGUAGAGGUGAUUCAGGAUACAGAUCAACAGAUCACAGUUAAGCCAAGUUUUCAGGAGGAUAACAAGAUUCUUAUGACUACUAUGAUUUAUGCAAAGUGUGAAGCAUUGGAAAGAAUUAAUCUUUGGGAUAACUUGUGUAACCUAGCUGAUCAAAUUGAAGUACCCUGGUUUGUGGGAGGGAAUUUCAAUGUCAUUAUGAAUGAAUAUGAGAAAAUAGGGGGUCUGCUAGUUUAUCCAGAUGAGUAUGAAGAUUUUGCAUUCUGUGUUAAUUCAUGUAAACUCUUUGAAGUUGCUUUUAAAAUGAGCUUAUUCAUAUGGUGGAAUGAUAGAGCUGGUAGGGAUUGUAUUUUUAAAAGGUUGGAUAGAAUUCUCACUAACUCAAAACUACAGGAUUGGUUUAGUCACAAAGUUGAACAUUUAUCUAGAACUGGUUUUGAUCAUGCUUCUCUUCUACUUACUUGUGGAGAUUCAUCUCAACAUGCAAGGAAACCCUUAAGAUUUCUAAAGGUUUGGAUAGAACAUGAGUCCUUUUUAGAGGUUGUGAAUCAAGGGUGGAAUGCUGAGUUUGAAGCAGAUGAACUCAUCACUUUUAAACUGAAGCUUAAAAAGCUCGUAGUAAGGGAAGAUAUUGUGAGAGUUAAAGAACAGCUUUUUGAAGAUGAUCCUUCUCCUGCAAACAAGAUGGUCCUCCAACCGGCACAAGCAGAAUUGAAGAAGUAUAUGCAUUAUGAAGAGGAAUUCUGGAGACAGAAAUCUCAGUUUACUUAUUUUUCUAAUGGGGAUAGGAAUACAAUGUUUUUGCAUAAUAUGGCAAAUGGUAGGAGGAAGAGAUUUCAGAUCAAAAGGAUAAAAAAGCAAGAUGGAAGUUGGAUUGAGGGGGAAGAUGCUCUAGCUAAGGAAGCAACUCAAUUUUAUCAUUAUGGAUUUACACAGGAGGAUAUCUCUUCGAAUUUUUCAUUGCUGCAACAUGUUCCUAAUAUAGUUACUCAGGAGAAUAAUCAGAUACUUACCAGCAUGCCAACUCUUGAAGACAUUAAGAAGGCAAUUUUUGAUCGGUCAGGAGAUAGCUCAGGUGGUCCAGAUGGUAUGAUAGUAGCAUUUUAUCAAGUAUGCUGGGAUAUUGUGGGGUCUGACGUGUAUAAUGUAGUGAAACUCUUUUUUGAAGGACAAAAUUUCCCAAUGUCCAUAACUCAUACAAAUUUGGUUCUGAUCCCAAAGAAGAAUAAUGUUGAGACCUUUGCAGAUAUGAGGCCCAUAAGUCUAAGUAAUUUUAUUAACAAAGUUAUCUCUAGAGUGGUGCAGAAUAAGCUUGAAAAUGUUGUGCCUACUUUGGUAUCUGCUAAUCAGUCUGGUUUUGUAAAGGGAAGAUGUAUCAUUGAGAAUGUACUGUAA